AUGUCAGGCUCUGAUAGAUCUCCAUGGAAAAAGCCACACUAUUCCUUGUACCGGGAACGACAUGUUCUUAGUUCCCAUGGUAAAGGAAAUGAGAAUCGUGGUAAUAAUUUGUCUGAAAAUAGCUCAAAGUGGUCUCGUUCACCUCCUUCAACUCAACAAUGUUCCUCGAGAUUACCUAAAAAGUCAAAAAGUUCUAAAAAGGAAAAACCCCAAGUUAGACCAAUACGCAAAACUGUGAUGAAGGAAAUUUCACACAAUCAUUUUGAUUUGCUUCCUGAAGGAUGGGUCAAAAUAAUGCACAGCAGUGGAAUGCCAGUGUACUUGGAAAAAAAUACUAGAGUGUGCACCAUGUCUCCACCAUAUUAUUUAGGACCUGCAUGUACAUCUGGUCAUAAAGUGCCUCUCAGUGCAAUUCCUUGCUUGCAAUACAAAAGAGCCUUGGAAGAAGAAAAGAAACUCAAAGAAGAGAAAGAGAAGAAACAGAAAGAGGAGGAAGAAGAUAAAGAAAAAAACAAUGAGCAAGUUCAAAAAACCCCUCAAGCAAUUCAAUUAUUUACAACUGAAAUAGAAACAUCAGAAGAAAACGAAGCCAAGCAGUCCCUGGAGGCUUUGGAAAUCCGUGAAUAUUGCAAAAGUCGUUUUACCUUCAAAACUGUUACUCCGAUGGCCUUUAAAUCACGGGCUGACAGAAGAAAGUAUAAGAGAAUGACGAAAGAUUCAGAAAAGAGGCCAUCCUUACCAGGUGGUACUACAUUUUUGAAGUUUCCAAAACAAAACUUGGCAAACACAACAAAAUUGGCUGAUAGUACCAAUUCUAGGUCGAAAGGGGAACGGAUUGUAAAUCCUAAAGGAAAGAGCUCUGCUUGCAUUGUACACGAAUACGUCCAGCACGCAUUGAAGAAACCUCCUACAUACGAAUACAAAGAAGUGCAAGAUCCUGACACACCCUAUUCUGCUACGACUUUCAUUGGGGAUGUGCACUACGGCAUUGGAAUGGGUGCUAGUAAAAAACAAGCUAAAGAAGAAGCGGCUAAAGCAGCAUUAGAAAUUCUCAUUCCAGACAUGAACAGUCUGGAAUCUCUGAAAAAUCCCAAAGCUGAUAACACAUCUAUUUUAGAACAAAUAAGAAUUGAGGACCCGAGAGCCAUGGAGUUUUGUGUUAAGGCUUCAGAACCUUCUCCCUACGCUAUUCUUCGCAGAUGUCUGUCGCAACACUCGAUGUUGGAUGAACUCCAAAGUCAUUACAAGCAGAACCCGAAAAAUCAGAAGGAAGGUGAAUACACAAUGGCAGUUGGCGAACAUAAAGUUGCCGUUGUGUGUGAAAACAAAUCAAAUGGUAAACAAUUGGCUGCUCAAGCCAUCUUGCAAGCAUUACACCCUAAUAUCAAACACUGGGGACCUCUCCUGAGAAAGUAUGGGAGCCAGUCCAUCCAAACUGAAAAAGAAUCGAAGCGGGAGCAAAAAAGUGUAACUACACUUCAAAAGUAUACUUCAAAAAAUCAACCCAACUUCGCUGUUCUUGAAAAACUUCGCUCGGAAAUGUUGAAACUGAAAGUAAAGAAAGAAUUGCAAGCAAAACAAAAGUUGACCCCUCCUGAAAAUGAUACAGGCCUGCUCCCACCACUUUCAUUACCUAUGAAUAAAAUCAACCUCCCCACUGAUCAAUAAAUUGU